AUGGCGGCCACGCUGCCCAAACUGGUUGAGGAACUAGUGUCGUCUCCAUCCAACAAUAUCCUCAACGACACCCCAGCAUCAUCAACGACACCCCAGCAUCAUCAACGACACCCCAGCACCAUCAACGACACCCCAGCAUCAUCAACGACUCCCCAGCAUCAUCAACGACUCCCCAGCAUCAUCAACGACACCCCCAGCAUCCUCAACGACACCCCAGCAUCAUCAACGACUCCCCAGCAUCAUCAACGACUCCCCAGCAUCAUCAACGACACCCCAGCAUUAUCAACGACACCCCAGCAUCAUCAACGACACCCCAGCAUCAUCAACGACUCCCCAGCAUCAUCAACGACACCCCAGCAUCAUCAACGACUCCCCAGCAUCAUCAACGACACCCCAGCAUCAUCAACGACACCCCAGCAUCAUCAACGACACCCCAGCAUCAUCAACGACACCCCAGCAUUAUCAACGACACCCCAGCAUCAUCAACGACACCCCAGCAUCAUCAACGACACCCCAGCAUCAUCAACGACACCCCAGCAUCAUCAACGACACCCCAGCAUCAUCAACGACACCCCAGCAUCAUCAACGACACCCCAGCAUCAUCAACGACUCCCCAGCAUCAUCAACGACACCCCAGCAUCAUCAACGACACCCCAGCAUCAUCAACGACACCCCAGCAUCAUCAACGACACCCCAGCAUCCUCAACGACACCCCAGCAUCCUCAACGACACCCCAGCAUCAUCAACGACACCCCAGCACCAUCAACGACACCCCAGCAUCAUCAACGACACCCCAGCACCAUCAACGACACCCCAGCAUCAUCAACGACUCCCCAGCAUCAUCAACGACACCCCAGCAUCAUCAACGACACCCCAGCAUCAUCAACGACACCCCAGCAUCAUCAACGACACCCCAGCAUCAUCAACGACACCCCCAGCAUCAUCAACGACACCCCAGCACCAUCAACGACACCCCACCAUCAUCAACGACUCCCCAGCAUCAUCAACGACACCCCAGCACCAUCAACGACACCCCAGCAUCAUCAACGACACCCCAGCAUCAUCAACGACUCCCCAGCAUCAUCAACGACACCCCAGCAUCAUCAACGACACCCCAGCAUCAUCAACGACACCCCAGCAUCAUCAACGACACCCCAGCAUCAUCAACGACUCCCCAGCAUCAUCAACGACACCCCAGCAUCAUCAACGACACCCCAGCAUCAUCAACGACACCCAGCAUCAUCAACGACACCCCAGCAUCAUCAACGACUCCCCAGCAUCAUCAACGACACCCCAGCAUCAUCAACGACACCCCAGCAUCAUCAACGACACCCCAGCAUCAUCAACGACACCCCAGCAUCAUCAACGACUCCAAAGCAUCAUCAACGACACCCCAGCAUCAUCAACGACACCCCAGCAUCAUCAACGACACCCCAGCAUCAUCAACGACACCCCAGCAUCAUCAACGACACCCCAGCAUCAUCAACGACACCCCAGCAUCAUCAACGACACCCCAGCAUCAUCAACGACACCCCAGCAUCAUCAACGACACCCCAGCAUCAUCAACGACACCCCCAGCAUCAUCAACGACACCCCAGCACCAUCAACGACACCCCAGCAUCAUCAACGACUCCCCAGCAUCAUCAACGACACCCCAGCACCAUCAACGACACCCCAGCAUCAUCAACGACACCCCAGCAUCAUCAACGACACCCCAGCAUCAUCAACGACUCCCCAGCAUCAUCAACGACACCCCAGCAUCAUCAACGACACCCCAGCAUCAUCAACGACACCCCAGCAUCAUCAACGACACCCCAGCAUCAUCAACGACUCCCCAGCAUCAUCAACGACACCCCAGCAUCAUCAACGACACCCCAGCAGCAUCAACGACACCCCAGCAUCAUCAACGACACCCCAGCAUCAUCAACGACUCCCCAGCAUCAUCAACGACACCCCAGCAUCAUCAACGACACCCCAGCAUCAUCAACGACACCCCAGCAUCAUCAACGACACCCCAGCAUCAUCAACGACUCCAAAGCAUCAUCAACAACACCCCAGCAUCAUCAACGACACCCCAGCAUCAUCAACGACACCCCAGCAUCAUCAACGACACCCCAGCAUCAUCAACGACACCCCAGCAUCAUCAACGACACCCCAGCAUCAUCAACGACACCCCAGCACCAUCAACGACACCCCAGCAUCAUCAACGACACCCCAGCAUCAUCAACGACACCCCAGCAUCAUCAACGACUCCCCAGCAUCAUCAACGACACCCCAGCAUCAUCAACGACACCCCAGCAUCAUCAACGACACCCCAGCAUCAUCAACGACUCCCCAGCAUCAUCAACGACACCCCAGCAUCAUCAACGACUCCCCAGCAUCAUCAACGACACCCCAGCAUCAUCAACGACAUUUAACACUCGUACUAACAACCUAGUUUUGGAGAGUGCUAGCUUAAACUCGUUGAAUAACAGGGACUAG